CCUCUUCCUCUUUUGCUUUUAUAAAGCUCACCAGUCUUUGCUGCUCUUGUGUUUGUCUUGGAAUGAAUCUGUCAUCAUGUGGACGACUCUGAUGAAGUUAGACCUGACCUCUGUUUGCCUGGCUCUGUUUCUGGGCUUGAUCUUUAUGGUUCUGUUUGAGAUCUUCAGGAUAAAUUCACGCAGAGGUCAAAUUCCACCUGGUCCCAGACCGCUGCCUUUUGUGGGAACCAUACCAAGUUUUAAGAAGCCACUUGAUGCUUUUAGAUCACUAUCUCAGUAUGGAGAAAUAUCUGCUUUGUAUAUUGGGAGGAAACCAGUGAUAAUCCUGAAUACAAUCCAGGUCACUAAGGAAGCCUUUGUUCAGGAAGCCUUUUCUGGAAGACCUCUUGUAGACUGGCUAUCCAAGGGACUCGGUAUUAUAAUGGUCACGUUUGGUCACUCCUGGAGACAGCAGAGACGCUUUGCUCUGCACACACUCAGGAAUUUUGGCCUGGGGAAGAAAUCAGUAGAAGAUCGUGUGUUAGAGGAAAGCCGUUAUCUGAUUGCUGAAAUGCUUAAAGCAGAAGGCAAAUCUAUGGACCCACAGCAUGACAUACAGAAUGCGGUUUCUAACAUUAUCUGCUCCAUCGUGUUUGGAGAGCGCUUCGACUAUGACAACAAACGCUUCUCAUACCUUCUGAAAAUCUUGAAUGAUCACUUCAUGCUCUCAGGGACAACUGCGGUACAGAUUUUAAACUUAGUCCCCUUCAUCAAGCAUUUCCCUGGGCCACACCAGAAGAUCAUGCAGAACUUCACUGAGCUAUUGGGUUUCAUCCGGAAUGAAGUAAGAGAACACAAGGAAACUCUGGAUCCAGACAACCCUCGAGACUUCAUUGAUGCCUACCUGCUGGAGAUCGAGAAACAAAAGUCUAACGAGGGAUCCACGUUUCAUGAGGAGAACAUGGUUAUGUCAGCACUUGACCUGUUUCUGGCUGGAACCGACACAACAGCGACCACCAUCAGAUGGGGUCUCAUCUACUUGAUUCAAAACCCAGAUGUACAAGAGCGAUGUCAUGAGGAGAUUGUUCGGGUGCUGGGUUACGACCGUUUGCCCAGCAUGGAGGACCGUGACAAACUACCGUACACAUACGCCACUGUUCACGAGAUUCAGCGCUGUGCCAACAUCGCACCCUUUGGCGUUGUUCAUGAAACGACUCAGCCCACAAAACUACGAGGAUAUGACAUUCCCAAGGGAACUAUGAUCAUGACAAACUUAGCAGCAAUUUUCAGUGAUAAGAAGCACUGGAAGCAUCCGGACGCCUUUAACCCGGAGAAUUUCUUGGAUGAGAAUGGGAACUUCUUCAAACCAGAGUCUUUCAUCGCCUUCUCAUUGGGUCCGAGGGUCUGUCUCGGGGAGACUCUGGCGAGGACCGAGCUCUUCUUGUACAUCACGUCUCUCCUACAGAGGAUUCAUUUCUCCUGGCCGCCGGAGCCACAGUCCAUAGACAUGGAUGGGGUCAUGGGUGUUUUUCACUUUCCUCAGAGUUUCAACAUCAUCUGCCGCAGCAGAGAUACCAAAGAGUGACCAUCAGCAACUCAAACCAUAUCUCACAGACAUCAUCAUGUCAUUCCUGUAACAAAAAUCAUUUAUUUUUGUUACUUUUAUUUUAUUAAUCAUUUAAAUCAAAAAUUUCAUUUAUUUCAUGUAUUUUAUUAUAUGUUAUUGCUCAGGAGUGAAUCCUCUGCAGUGAAUGGGUCAGAAUGAGAGUCCAAACAGCUGAUAAAAACAUAUAUUUAUUUAUUGCACAAGUCACACAUAACUUCAUUCAUUCAUUCAUUCAUUAUGUGCAUGAACGAAUAAAAAAAAAAAAAAAAAAAAAAAAAAAAAAACAUAACAGGAAGAAGAAAAUCUUAUGGUACCUGUCGCUUAUUUGGCACAUCAAAAAAAUAAAAAUAAAACGCUACUUUAUAAAUGGAUCAACCCCCAAUCCUCACCCCAAACACCAAGUAUUUUCAGUAAUACCUAUCUUUACACUUAAUUAUCAUCAUUUUAAGCAUGUUAGUCAUCAUUAGAAAUUCAAAUCUUUGAAUUUUAGAAGUCCAGAAUGUACAAAUAAACUUUGUUUGUUCUCUGUA